AGAAAGUAAAAAAAAAAAAAAAAGGGAGAGAGAACGAAUUCUCUUCUCAGCGCCGCCCGCCCGUUGAGAAUCUCCCGUUGCUUCCCCUCCAACAAAUCGGUCGCCGACUUCUCCUUUCUUUGAAGCAAGCCCGAUUAGGGUUUCCAGAAAGAGAAAAAGGGAGCUCCAGAAAGAGAGAGGGAGAGAGAAAGGGGGGCAUUCUUCUCCGAUUAGGGCUUCCAAGGAGAGAAAAAUCGGGAGCAAGGACAGAGCAUCAGUCUCGUCGGCGGCGGCGUUGGCGGCGGUGGUCACAUGGAAACUGGGGGAAACUCGUUGCCGUCGGUGGGGACGGACGGGACGAAGCGGAAGGUGUGCUACUUCUACGACCCGGAGGUCGGGAACUACUACUACGGGCAGGGGCACCCGAUGAAGCCCCACCGGAUCCGGAUGACCCACUCCCUCCUCGCCCACUAUGGCCUCCUCCACCACAUGCAGGUCCUCAAGCCCCACCCGGCCCGCGAACGCGACCUCUGCCGCUUCCACGCCGACGACUACAUCGUCUUUCUGAGAUCGAUCACGCCGGAGACGCAGCAGGACCAGAUCCGCGCCCUCAAGCGCUUCAACGUCGGCGAGGACUGCCCCGUCUUCGACGGCCUUUACAGUUUCUGCCAGACGUACGCCGGUGGCUCUGUCGGCGGUGCCAUCAAGCUCAACCAUGGACACGACAUUGCCGUCAACUGGGCCGGCGGACUCCAUCACGCCAAGAAGUGCGAGGCCUCUGGGUUCUGCUAUGUCAAUGACAUCGUUCUGUCCAUCCUCGAGCUCCUCAAGAGGCAUGAGCGUGUAUUGUAUGUGGACAUUGAUAUCCACCAUGGAGAUGGUGUUGAGGAGGCUUUCUAUACAACAGACAGAGUAAUGACUGUUUCUUUUCAUAAAUUUGGGGAUUACUUUCCUGGAACGGGAGACAUACGUGAUACUGGAUAUGCAAAAGGAAAAUAUUACUCUCUAAAUGUUCCACUGGAUGAUGGCAUUGAUGAUGAGAGCUACCAAUCUCUAUUCAAACCAAUAAUAGGAAAAGUGAUGGAAGUUUUCCGGCCUGGUGCUGUGGUGCUUCAGUGUGGUGCUGACUCGUUAUCUGGAGACCGCUUGGGUUGUUUUAAUCUUUCCAUCAAAGGCCAUGCAGAGUGUGUGAGAUUUAUGAGAUCCUUCAAUGUGCCAGUGCUGCUGCUGGGUGGUGGAGGAUACACCAUUCGGAAUGUUGCACGCUGUUGGUGCUACGAGACAGGAGUUGCACUUGGUAUCGAGAUUGAUGACAAGAUGCCUCAACAUGAAUAUUAUGAGUAUUUUGGUCCAGACUAUACACUUCAUGUUGCACCAAGUAAUAUGGAGAAUAAAAAUACACGCCAGCAAUUGGAUGAAAUAAGAGCAAAGCUUUUAGAUAAUCUUUCAAAGCUCCGGCAUGCUCCCAGUGUCCAAUUUCAGGAACGACCACCAGAUGCGGAAUUUCCAGAGCCAGAUGAAGAUUUAGAGGAUCCAGAUGAAAGACAUGAUCUUGAUUCUGAUAUGGAAAUAGACGAUCAGAAGCUACCUGAUGAGUCAUCUCGGAAACCUCCUUCAAACAGUAUUCAGAACGGAAGAAUCAAGAGGGAGAACAUUGAAAAUGAGCUAAAAGAUCAGGAACCUCACAAAGUUGCUGCAGACCAUGCCAAUUGUGCGGAGCCUAUGGCCGAGGAGAUCUCAUCCUCUAAGGCUUCAGACAUUGGCCCCAUGGCAAUAGAUGAACAAAGCAAUGUAAAGGCUGAACAGGAUAACACAAACAAGUUGGCCGAUGCGUCCGCUUUGAUGUACCAGAAAUCCUGAAUGGAGACAGCGUCACGGAGUACUUGGUAUAUAAGAAGAUGAUUUUCUGUGCGUAGCCUUGAAAGGUUUCUAUCAUUGGAUUUAUUUAUGCUCACAUAUCUGAUGUUCCAUCAUGUUAGAGUCACUGUCUUGAGAGCCUUCUCAUAACGAAUGAAACUAGAAAACUAAUAUUCACAUCGGCUUUGUAAUCUCAGUUGUACAGACAAUUGAAUGAUCAUUUGACCCUAGAAUUCACCUCUUAAAAACGUUUUGUCU